AUGGCUUCAGGCACCAAAUUAACUGUUUGUCUUCCUAUGCUGAAAUGGAUCCUAUUCUUUCUGCUUGGGCUUUUAAAAACCAAAGCCAAAUACUCUGUUCUUCUUGCUAUUGGAUGCACUCUGAACUGUAGUUGUCAAGGUUUCAAACCAGGAAAAAUACACCACCGUCAGUGUGAACAGUGCAGACAUGGAUGGGUGGCACAUGCACUAAGCAAAUUGAGGAUCCCAAAUGUGUACCCAACUAGCCAAGUGGAGAUAGUCCAGUCCAAUGUGGUUUUUGAUAUCAGCAGUCUCAUGCUCUACGGAACCCAAGCCAUUCCCAUCCGCCUUAAAAUUCUUUUAGAUCGGCUUUUCAGUGUACUGAAACAAGAGGAGGUAAUCCAGAUUCUUCAUGCCUUGGACUGGACUCUUCAGGAUUAUAUUCGUGGAUAUGUGCUUCAGGAUGCAUCAGGAAAAGUUUUGGAUCAUUGGAGUAUCAUGACCAGUGAAGAAGAACUGGCCACCCUGCAUCAGUUUCUCCGUUUUGGAGAGACCAAGUCCAUCGUAGAGCUCAUGGCAAUUCAGGAGAAGGAAGGACAGUCCAUUAUCAUACCAUCUACCACGACCAAUUUGGAUAUUAGAGCCUUUAUAGAAAGUUGCAACCAGAGAAGUCCCAGCCUUUCUGUCCCAGUGGACAAGGUGAACCCCGGCAACCUUCAUCACUUCGAGAACCUCAUCAACAACAUGGCCUUCAUGCUGCCUUUCCAGUUCUUCAGCCCGGUGCCUCCCCCUUUGAUAGGCUCCCCUCCAGAGAGACACGUGAUCGAGCAAGGUCAAGAGCGAAGCAAGGACACGAAGCACGACCUCCAGAUGCCCUUUCCUGAAAACGGCUUCUUAACGCCUACCUCUGCGUCCUUCCAGAUGGACAGCGAGCCGUGUCUCGGCUGUCCGGACCUCCUCCCCAAGACGGAAGAGGACGCCAGCUUCAGCGAUUCGGGCUCCCACCACGCGGUGGCCAAGCUGGAAAUGGCCCGGCUCUCCCCGGAACCCAAAGGGAAGACGACGGAAAGGAACAGUCUGGGUCCGAAGAAAGGCCGGGUUUUCUGCACGGCGUGUGAAAAGACCUUCUACGACAAAGGGACGCUGAAAAUCCACUAUAAUGCCGUUCACCUGAAGAUCAAACACAAAUGCACGAUCGAAGGAUGCAACAUGGUGUUCAGCUCCCUGCGGAGCCGGAACCGACACAGCGCAAACCCAAACCCCCGGCUGCACAUGCCCAUGAACAGGAACAACCGGGACAAAGACCUGCGCAACAGCUUGAGCGUGACCAUCUCGGAGGAGAGCAAGAGAGCAGGCUUCCCCGUGACAUCGCCGGACAGCCGGCCCGUCCCCAGCUAUAUCGGGCCGUGCACCGACCCCAAAGGGCAGCCGGCCUUCCCCAGCAUUGGCCAGAACGGGGUGCUUUUCCCCAACUUAAAGACGGUUCAGCCCGUUCUUCCUUUCUACCGUAAUCCGGUCACCCCGGCCGAGCUUGCCAACACCCCAGGAACGCUCCCCUCCCUGCCUCUGCUCUCGUCCUCCGUGCCGGAGCAGCUGGCCUCCAACGAGUUGCCGUUCGAUGCUCUUCCCAAGAAAAAAUCUCGGAAAUCAAGCAUGCCUAUCAAAAUCGAGAAGGAAACGGUGGAGAUCGCCAACGAAAACAGCGACGCCCUCAGUUCGGACGAAGAGAUGCCCUUGCAGGUGGUCAGCGACGGGGAGCUGGAGACGUGCGAGCUCAGCGCGGAAAAGCAGGUCGUGGAGCCGGCGGAGCACCGUCCGUCCUCGGCCAACGUGUGGCAGCCUCUUUCGGAGGCAGGGAGGCCUCCCAAACCAGAGUCGGUGAUCGAGACCCGACAUUUAAAAAAAGCAUCCGAGCAGGACUCGAACGGCUCAGAGAAAGAGACCGAACAAAGCCCAGUAUUAGCCAUUGUGCCCAGGGAAGCCGCGUUCGGCGAUCCCAAACAACACGCCAGUGUCUUAAAACCAGUGAUGGAGCCUCUGUCGAUGUAUGCAAAAGAGCCAUCCAAACACCAGCUUCCCGAUUCUGACUGCGUGGAACUGCAGCACCACUUACUGACGGGGGGAUUCCUAAACGCCUUGUCCAACCGGGCAAUGGCUCUCCCUUGUUUUGAGGAUCCUAGAGAGAUAGAUCAGGUCAGUCAGCACGGGCUAGGAAGACAAAAGGAAGAAACUCGCUUCCAUUGUGAUAUCUGUAAGAAGACCUUUAAAAACACUUACAGCGUGAAAAUUCAUUUUAAAAAUGUGCAUGCCAAAGAAAUGCAUAUCUGUACAAUUGAGGGCUGUAGCGCAACCUUCCCUUCCCGCAGAAGCCGAGACAGACACAGUUCAAACUUAAAUCUUCAUCAGAAAGUUAUCACCAAAGAUACCCUGGAAAGCAAUGACAACCCUUUGAGUGCAACUUACCUUUUGAAAGAUAUGGCUAAGGAGGUUUAUCAGGAUGCAGCUUUCAAACAGCACACUCCCCAGACUUCUGUCAUCUUCAAAGGAACCAACCGGACUGGGAGCGUUGUGUACCCGAUCAGCAAGAUCCGAGAAUCCUGUUUAGAGAGCUACGGCUGUGGUCCCACCAGUGAGGGCACGGUCCUCGAUUUAAGCACUACCUCCAGCAUGAAGUCUGAGAGCAGCACCCCCUCUUCCUGGGACUCCGAUGGAGGAAGUGAAGAGGGCAAUGUAGCUCUGGAUGACAGUGAUGAAAGCUGUGAAGGACCGAGCCUGAUCCCCAAUGAAGAUGGCUAUCCCAUUUGCGCCCUCAUGGAAAAGGCCAAUCACAGCUUUUCAAACCUUCCCUCCGGUUUGCCAAUAACUUGUCACCUCUGCCAAAAAAUAUACAGUAAUAAAGGAACCUUCAGGGCCCACUAUAAAACUGUGCACCUCCGCCAGCUUCACAAGUGUAAAGUACCAGGUUGCAACACUAUGUUUUCAUCAGUCCGCAGUCGAAAUAGGCAUAGCCAGAAUCCCAACUUGCACAAAAGUCUAACCACAUCUCCAAAUAAUCUCCAGUAA